AUGCGUCCAAAUAAGUUGGCUGUUACACUCGAUGAUCAAUCUCUGACAUACAGUCAAUUGCUGACUCGAGUUCAACAACUGGCACUUCGUCUUAUUAAUGACAAAGGCGUACAGCCAGGUGACAUUGUGUGUCAGUGUGUUGAUCGGAGUAUUGAAAUGAUUGUGGGCAUUAUGGGUAUCAUGAUGUCGGGUGCUGUUUAUGCUCCCCUAAGUCCAAGCGAUCCUCUCGAUCGUCUUGACUCGCUUAUUCGUCAAGUCGAUGCCAAAUUGGUGCUUGUUAAUCAAAUGUCACGUUCAUAUUUGAGCCGGCUCAAUGUACCCAUCGUCGACAUCUCCGAAAUAGUCGUCUCCAACGAUCCUGUUAGUGAUGCCCAAAUUAAACAAUUGUCUGAAGUGGCUGUCAAACCCGACUCCAUCUCUCAUAUAGUAUUCACAUCGGGAUCAACGGGCACUCCAAAAGCCGUUCAAAUUCGGCAUCGCAAUUUCAUGGCAUACAUGCAUGCGCAUUUCACACAGACGAACGACAUCCUUCUCCAGCUCGCAAGCUCUUCUUUUGAUGUUCACGUGGAUGAAAUCAAUGGUGCACUAGUCCGAGGUGCUCACUUG